AAGAGCCAGGGCCUGGCUGGACUCUGCUCCCCGUAUAUAAGGGAGCCUGCGGGCUGAGCACCACCACACCCAGUGCUCAGCACCUCCAGCCCCUGUGCAGCAGCCCAGCCCCGGCCUCACCAUGUCUCUGACCAAGAGCGAGAGGACCAUCAUCAUGUCCCUCUGGGACAAGGUCUCCUCCCAGUCUGAGGCCAUCGGCACUGAGGCCCUGGAGAGGCUCUUCCUCAGCUUCCCGCAGACCAAGACCUACUUCCCGCACUUCGACCUGCACGCGGGCUCCGCGCAGCUGCGCACUCACGGCGCCAAGGUGGCGGCCGCGCUGGACGACGCAGUCAAGAACAUGGACAACUUGGAUAGCGCGCUGUCCCCACUAAGAGACCUGCUCGCCUACAAGCUGCGCAUUGACCCGGUCAACUUCAGGCUCCUGUCCCACUGCCUGCAGGUCACCCUGGCCAGGACCCUGCCCAGAGACUUCACCGCCGAGGCCCAAGCUGCCUGGGACAAGUUCCUGGGCCGAAUGUCUGACGUCGAGACCGCUAAGUAGUCCUGAGCGUGGCUC